AUGCAUAUUGCUCAAAAAUUGCUCCAUAAUGAUGCGCGGUGCUAUCAUAAUGUCGAAGUUGGUGUGCUUUCCCCCGAAUUCAAUGCAUAUUGGGAAAAUAUGUGCAGGAUCAUAUGCACGAACUGGUCUGGUAAACAAGUUAUUCAGUCAGUUUUCAGGGAAUAUGUGACCGCUAUUGAUUUGAUACCUGUGCGCAGCAUCAAAUACACUCUUCAAAUAGGAUCUUCUCCACGAUUUUCUUCAUCUCACUUGCCCCAGUCCGCUAUAAUUAGGAUUCCUUCUCAAAAUGUUGGCUAUAUAUGCACAGAUGACCAUGGACCCCGUGCUUGCCAGGUACUCUAUGGAGUGCCGAAGGAGUGGAGCGGGGCUUUACUCGCUUGGAACGCUUCGGAGCAUUUAGUAUCCCGGACUAUCAAUAGGUGUAAAGGUGUAAGUGCCAAAGAGGGUUACUAUCCAAAGUUCCAUAAUUUGUGUCCAACCAAUAUAGGCAAUGCGAGGCUGAAUGUUGGUUUGAUAACACCUAAAACCCAAUUUGCAUUCACCAGCGUUAGACAAGCAACAUAA